CCGAUGUUUGUCGGCGAAACUAUAAAGGGGACCGCCACUUUGAUUUGCCGCUUUUUCGCCAGCAGUCGAUUAGCAGUGUGUAUUAGUUGUUGAUUGUUAAUAAUAAUCACAUCAAAAUGGUAGAACAAGGAGAGUGUAUGACGCGGAAACUCUUGGACCUGAUGCAAGAAACUGGGUAUCCACUGGUGCAGCACAAUGGGCAGCGCAAGUUUGGUCCACCCCCGGACUGGGUCGGGCCCCCACCGCAAAAGGGCUGCGAAAUCUUCAUCGGGAAACUUCCCAGAGAAAUCUUCGAAGACGAACUGGUACCAGUGUUCUCUAAAGUGGGUAAGAUCUAUGAAAUGCGACUAAUGAUGGAUUUCUCCGGCUCCAACCGAGGCUACGCCUUCGUAACUUAUUCUACAAGGUCCGAAGCCUCGAGGGCUGUGAAAGAAUUAAAUGGCUAUGAAAUACGACCACGGCGACACAUUGGCGUCGUAAAAUCAGUGGACAACUGUCGCCUGUUUGUCGGCAAUAUACCCAAGACCAAAACUAAGGAGGAAGUUUUCGAAGAGCUUUCGAAGCGUGUGGCUGGGAUCGUUGACUUGAUUCUGUAUAAGAAUUGCUAUGACAAGAGACUUAACCGGGGAUUCGCGUUUGUGGAGUUCACUUCCCACAGGGCUGCGGCGAUGGCGCGCCGAGCACUUGUUCCUGGCUGCGUGAAGAUAUGGGAUCAGGAGGUGAUGGUAGACUGGGCAGAACCGGAGCCUGACAUCGACGAUGAGCAGAUGCAAAGGGUAAAGGUGCUCUAUGUAAGGAACUUCCAAAUAAAGACUACACCUGAAACUAUCCAGGCAGUGUUUGAAGCAGCCAUCAAUAAUCAAAUUGAGCGAGUGAAAAAGAUCUAUGACUACGCUUUCAUACAUUUCCACCACCGUGAACAUGCUGAGUUGGCAAUGAGAAAGUUGCAAAAUGCUGAUAUUGAUGGCAGCAAUAUUGAAAUACGAUGGGCGAAACCAGUUGUUCGGGAGAUCUACCGCAUUCAGAAAUUGAACAGAGGUAAUGCGAAGUUCAACAACAGUUUCAACCUGUCUCAAACACUUUGGUUGCACAAACAACAGCUUGAGAAGAAAGAAUACAUGUCGUCUCCAAAGGAUGAUGAAGGAAUUGGUUCAGCUUGUGCAGGCGAGUCUUCAUGUGGAUCACCUUCGGAGAUGAAUUGUUCUGCCUACCCUCAGAUGACCAAAAUCAAGGAACAAUAUCCCUUGGCACCAGCUAAGCUUGAUUCUAUGUGCAAAAGGUACAUGUGGGCGCCUCCAGUCUACAAUUACCAGAAGUACUUGGACCCCACAGGUGCUGAGAUUUGGAUAGGAAGAGUGGAGAUCCCACAUAUUGGUAUGCCCUUACUGAGUAUACCGCGAAGACUUGGACCACUCGCCACAAGACCCUGCAUAUCGAUGCAACAGGCACAAAUUGAGGCUGCUGACAGUGCUCUUCAAGUAAUAAAGAUGUUGAAAGCAGAUCUCAUUCAGCAGUCCAUGCCGCCCCCACCACUAGCACCAGUCUACCCUACCAUCAUGUCUCCGAUGCCAAGCUGUGUGAACCUGCCCUAUGACUACAUAAACCCACCACCAACCUUGUACCCAAGACCAAUGCCUGUCACAAUGCCCAUCUGGCGCAGCGUUUGAUUUCUUUCAAUUAUAUUACUUAGGUUUUUGAUUCUUCGAAUUUUAUUCUUUAUUUCUGAGUAAAUAAAGCAGAAAUUCUUUUGUAAACUUUGUUGUGAUGUUCAAAUCUUAACGGCAAUCUGAUGGUUGUGCAGUUAAGAUGCAUUUUGAAGUUUAUUUUUGUUUUUGUUGUUGGCGUUAAAGCAUUUUUAGUAUUUUUAGGCUAAGCGACUCUUUUGUAACUUCAUUUGUGACAUAAUCACUCCAUUGACUAAGUUUUGUAAGUUUAUUUCUUUGACCUAUUUAUGUCCGACGCGCAAUCGCAGUAGUUACUCUGACAAGUAUAAUAUUCAGUUCUUGAUUUUUGUAAUUUUUGGAUUUUCUAUUCAAUUGCAUUAUUGUAACAUGUAUGUUGCUAACUGCCUAAAUUCCAUAACCGUUAAUUACUUUAAAUUGAAUUUUAAAUUGGGUGUUCGGAAUUUAAGCAAUUAGUAGGUACCCGUAGUUUCCAUUUUGUUUCCUUAAAUAAGUACUUAUUUUUGUGAUAAUUUGAUAGUUUUAGUUAGGCUAUUAUUUACCGCGGUAAAGCAGCCUAUGCAGUGCUUCCUUGUGCUUAUAUCCUAGUAUAUUCAGAGUGAAAGCACUGCCUUGACACUAUCACAAUGUUACUAUUGAGUACAGAUUUUAUGUAUUUUUUUUAGAAUUAAUAAAUCUUUAAAUAAUAUA